CGUGCAGAGGCGGAGACAACUGUCUCGUGUUCAUACCGUCCAACGCGUUAGGAAAAUUAACAAGAAUAAAUAAACAAGUUACACUAUAAAUUCAAGACCUAGGCAACGCAAUGCUUACAAUGUGAAGAAGAUGUCCGGGAUAAGUCCUGAUUGGGUGGAGAUCCUGGAACCACGCUCUCAGGAGCGCAUGUACCUGAACCUGGCCACCGGCGAAUGCGGCUGGGACCCUCCCAUGGGCAUCCCUGUUCGUCAGGCCGACGGUAACCAGUGGUGGGAGCUCUUUGACCCCCAGAGCGGCCGCUUUUACUACUACAAUUCCAUGGGACGGCGGACUGUCUGGCACCGACCCCAGGGGGGUGACAUAGUGCCCCUGUCUCAGCUACAGGCUAUGAAGCACUGUUCUGAGGCCAAGCGGGCUGGGGAGAGCGGAGAAAGGCACCAUGGGGCAGGAAGCCUGGUCAGUACAGGGAGCCAGGGACGCCGCACCCCUCUCUCAGAGCACCAUGGGGCAGGGAGCCAGGGGUGCCGCACUUCUCUCCCAGAGCAGGAGAGCUCCGUCUCCAAAACCCCUGAGACCCCCAGCGAGACCACGGACAUGAGAACAGCUCAGGGAGACAGCAGCUCGGACGGAAGCAAGGCGUCACUGAAGGAGCUCUCUCAGAGAUGGCAGCCUUCCCCAGGGUCUAAGGCAGCCAUGUUGGUUAACGUGAACAGUGUGAGUCGGAUCCAGCCUGGAGGCCCAUCUAGCCCGGCCCUGCAACUCUGUCACCACAACACCCACACCAAGCCCAGUGGCAACCAGGCCUUCACCCUCCUCCCCAUCAGCAGCAAGCCCCCGUGGGCCCACGCCUGCUCUGCCCAGGGCUACAAGACUGCCCCCUCUGGCAAGAUGGCCGCCGAUGCCUACCACCUGAGGAAGACGGGGAACGGCAGCUUCUAUCUGGUGUCCUCUGACCCUCCCCAAACCCCAGGCAAUCUCAGGUCCCAGCCCAGCACCCCCAGGUCAGUGUCUCCCCAGUAUGCCUCCACACUUCCCAUCUACGAUGACACGGGAUCACAGUGUCCCAUUUAUGAUGAGCCUCCUGCGGACAUGGAGGUGGAGGGGGCUAACCUCCAUAAUGGGCCUGGUGGUCUGUCCCGCCUCACCCCCACACACAGCCUGCAGAAGCUCAGGCUCCUCCAGCACCCUGGCUCCUCUCACUCAAUCUCUAGGCACAAGAGGAAUCCCUCUGCCUCUGACUACAGUCCUGCUGGCCUGGAGGGCAUCAAGCACAUGGUCAAUGUGGAUCCCAAACAGGCCCUUCUGUCCACCUCCCCCGGCCCCACCCGUACCCCCACCCCACGGCUGGACCCCCUCUUGGCCCAGCCUCAGAGGGAGCCAGGGACCCCAGUGAUGCCAGGUAUCCUGGAGAAGAAACAGAUGUGGCGGGCCCUGGAGGCCAGUGUGUUGAGGGCAGUGGAGGCUUGCCACAGCAGGCAGAGCAGCCAGGCCUCCCAGGACUUCCCCACACCUCCAGGCCCCCAGACCACCUCCACCUACCAGGACUCUGGCUACUCCACUGGGCCCUCGCCCAGCCUGAGGAGGAAGAGCCGGCGGAGGGUAGGGGCCGGGGGGAGGCCAGGCUCAGUGGGCAGCAGCGGGGACCUGUGUGCCCUCAACGACAGACUGAUGGCGGAGAUGAGGGAGGUGGUGAGCCGCUCCAACACCAUGAGGGAGAUGAAGGCUGGUGGACUGGGGGUGCGAGAAGAUGUCCCCUCUGCCAGCCGUUUGCUGAGCAGGGUGGGUAAUCAUAGCAACCCGGCCCUGGCGCCGCUGGAGAUGCCAGGAAGGCAGAAGAGGACCUAUGAGAAGGUGGACACCCUGGAGAAGAGCAUCACCAGCCAGGCCAGCCUCUCCUCACCAGACACCCCCGGACCCCCCUCACAGGCAGGGACCCUGGAACUGAAGGCUCAGUUGGACAGCAGGAAGAAAGAUAUGGUGGAUGGACGAACAGGCUCACUGGGCCCCCACCACCACCGCUCCGUCUCCCAUGACAACAGAGAUGGAGGAGAAAUAGGAGGCUCCUUCCACCAGCUCUCUUACACCACCCUGCGCCAGCCCCCACCAGACAACUCAGGCAUGGCGGACUGGGCCAGCAAGCACCUGAACAUGCACACCCAGGGCCUGUUCCGCCGCCGUGUCUCCAUCGCCAACAUGCUCUCCUGGAACCGCGGCUCCAUCAAGAAGCCCAUGCUGGUGACCAGUGACCGCGCUGUGAGGAAGGAGGCCUGUGAGAUGUUCAAACUGGUCCAGGCCUACAUGGGAGACAGACCCUCCCGCCUAGACCGCCGCCACACUGCCCUGCUCAUCAUCACCAAGUGCUGGGGCAUGCAGGGCCUGAGGGACGAGCUGUACGUGCAGCUGGUGAGGCAGACCACGGGCAACACCAGCCCAAGGAGCCUGGCUGCAGGCUGGGAGCUGAUGGCCGUCAGCCUGGCCUUCUUUGCCCCCUCACCCAAGUUCCGCUGCUACCUGGAGGGAUACAUCCAGAGGCACACAGAGCCUAGCAGCGACAAGCAACAGGUGACUCAGUUCAUACUAGACCAGCAAGACAUGAAACUGAAGAAGAACUCAAAGUCCAGAAAGAAACGGAAACAGAACACGGAUGAAGAAGGUCUACCUAUCAGCACGUAUGCAAAGUUCUGCUAUCGCAAACUACAGAAAGUGGCCAUAACUGGAGGCAAAAAGGGUCUUCGUAAGCCCACUCUGGAGGAGAUUGACCACAGCAGGCUGGCCAUCGUGACCCCCUCCCUGUUCGGCAGCUCCCUGGAUGAGGUGAUGGAGCGCCAGAGUGAACUCUUCCCAGACAGGAAGCUACCCUGGGUACAGGUGCAGCUCUCCCAAUAUGUCCUGGCACUGGGAGGGGCCCAGACCGAGGGCAUCUUCAGGGUGCCAGGAGAUAUCGAUGAAGUCAACGCACUUAAGCUUCAGGUCGACCAAUGGAGGAUCCCAGAAAACCUCUCAGACCCCAACGUACCUGCCUCCCUUAUGAAGCUGUGGUAUCGUGAGUUGGAGGAGCCUCUCAUCCCCAUGGCCUUCUACAAGCAGUGUGUCAGUAACUAUGACGACCCUGUGGCAGCUAUCACUGUUGUCCAGUGUCUGCCUGAGCUCAACAGACUGGUGCUGUGCUACUUUAUCCACUUCCUGCAGGUGUUUGCUCAGCCUGCCAAUGUGUCUGUUACUAAGAUGGAUGUCAAUAACCUUGCCAUGGUGAUGGCCCCAAACUGCCUCCGCUGCCAGUCUGAUGAUCCACGAAUCAUCUUUGAGAACACACGCAAGGAGAUGUCCUUCCUGCGCAUGCUCAUCAUUCACCUGGACACCAGUUUCAUUGAGGGCGUUGUAUAGACUGACUCCUGACUCCCCUGACAUCACAUGUGCCCAAUGGUCACAGAGAGAUUCACUCUGCUUUUCUGAAUGAAGCCUGCCCCACUCCAUUGAUCAGUCCGAAAGCACAAAGCACCAACACAUGCACACACACUGGAAAUCAUACUGUAACGAUACAAGAGUUGAUCAUUUCUAUCUUCAAAGUCGGGGCAGGGACAUAAGAGAAAACAGGGUUUACACAGAUGUCUCACCACUGAGUACUGUACUUAAAGAUGUACUCUCAAACUUUGUAUAAUUUACACCAGUAGUUCUGAAUGUGGUGCUCACCAGCCAAAAGCGGUCUCAGUUUUUUGUGUACUACGUCGUCAAGUUGUGUACUUGUCAUCAAUUUCGUAUGAUAUGUUAAAUCCUUCAAAUUAUUUAAACAAAAUUAUGUACAAUUUGUAUAUGUUAUGAAUCCAAAUCAUACUAUAUGUUACGAAUUUGUUGUGCUUAAGAUCCUGGAGUGUAUCUUUAAUACUGUCACUUGACAUUGGACCCAUCCUGUUCUACUUUCUGGCUGCGGAACAAUACAUAUGUGCUGACUGCAGAGGAGACAUUGUGUUCUGUGAUGGAAACCCCACAAUGAUGGCACUCAAAAAGACUACAAAUUACUUCACAUCAUAGGCACCGUUAUUUACCCAGUUCAUUUUGAUGACUUUUUUAAAUUGCAUGUAAGAUCUGAUUUUCCUCCUACAUUUAUGACUGAAUGUGAAGUGCUAUUGUUUCACUGGAUAUGUGGGCUGUGCAGAAGGAGUCUCAUAUGUUUUUUACAGGAUGGACGUUGUUGUCAGGAAACAGGGCAACUGACAAACAGUUGAUAUUUGGCCUCUUUUGUCAGGCUGUGUGUGUGUCUGUGUGUGAUGAGGAAAAACAUAUAUAGAAAUAAGCUUGUCUGUGAUGUUUUUAGUAGUUGUAUUAACAAGACCCUGCAUUAGUCUCAAUGCUAUGUUGAUGAUUUUAUCUGAAGCGGCAGAGUACCACCACAGCUAUUUUAAUAUACUGUACAGUCAGAGCCUACAUGUCAAAGUACAAACUGGAAGAAAUAAGACCAUGUGUUUUGGAGCUUAUGUAAAAUGCCCUUUUUUAGUGGUCCGUGGAGAGAGUGUUCUGCAAUAACAACCUUCUGGUGUUCAACUGCUGAGGAAGGAUGUUGUAAAUGUAUACUGUCUGGUACAUGUAUGUAUUUACAUUUUUAAAUGUAAAAUGUAUGUAUGUAUGUAUGUACUGUACUGUGUGUAUGGGAGAUCUAUUCAAGGCGAUAAACCAAUAUCUAAUUGAAAAGAGGCAUAAACAAAUGUAUAAAGCACUACUGUCACUUAUUUUCUUUGUGGUCUGUAGAACUUUUGGUCAGGUGUUCUGUUAAAACAGGUUUAGUGAUAAUUGCUCUCUGCUUCCCCCUCUACCUGAAAGUCAGAUUUUUACAUGCUCCUAAACUAUGGAUGGGGCACUCUGUCAAGCACUCUGGUGAUGUAGAUAAGACUCUCCCUGGAGGCUUUGCUAAUGUAAAUAAUGCUUGUAAAUAGUAAGAUCUCUGGCUCUGUUUUUAAAUGAUCCAGGGUAAAGGUGAAUAUUCCUGUUGAGCGAGAAAAAUGUGUUUUUGUAAUUACUGUUAAUUUCCCUGCUAACUAUUAUGUGAACAUAGCCUCUGUUAUUCUAUGGAAGGAUUGUUCAUGAAAAAUAAAGGUUUGUUUAAUUGUA